GCGAUACGAGCUGAUAGGCACGGUGGGCAGGGACUGAGCCGGUCACGCUCCCUCGCUCUCUUCCCUUCCCCACCCCGAACCGCAUUCUCUGCCGAGGCGGGCAGCGUCGCCAUUGGCCGCGCAGGAAACCUACUGCGUUCUCAUUGGCUGCCGGCAUCGGCCGAUUGGGCCGCGGAACGGAGCCGCCGGGCCGCCCGCCGGAGCUGGGAGGGAGCGACGUGCGGACCGUGGCGGUAUCCGCGGGAAGAGCGCCGAUGGACCUGCUGCCGGACCCCGCGCCCCUGGCUACCAGGCUGAAGAACACUCUGCUCCGCUACCACAGCAUCGCUGACAGCGAGUGGCGGUUCGCCAGGAAAACUAAAGAUGCAGUGGUGUGGCGUAAACCAUCAGAAGAAUUCAGCGGAUACCUGUACAAAGCUCAAGGAGUGGUGGAAGAUGUUACUAACAGAAUAGUGGAUCAUAUUCGUCCUGGACCUUACAGGCUUGACUGGGACAGCUUAAUGACUACAAUGGACAUCGUGGAAAUGUUUGAAGAGAACUGCUGUGUGAUGCGCUACACCACUGCUGGACAGCUCUGGAACAUCAUAGCACCAAGGGAGUUUGUUGAUUUUUCUUAUACCACAAGCUAUGAAGAUGGGCUUCUAUCAUGUGGUAUAAGCCUUAACUACGGAGAGGUGAGACCUAAUUUUGUCCGUGGAUUCAAUCACCCGUGUGGCUGGUUCUGCGUCCCUCUUAAGGACUGUCCUAGCCACAGCCUUUUGACAGGCUAUAUUCAGACCGAACUGCGAGGGAUGCUACCUCAGUCUGCAGUAGACACUGCCAUGGCUAGUACCCUGGCCAAUUUCUACUCUGACCUCAAAAAGGCACUGAAAUCAUAAACAAAAACUGACUUAGAAGCCUGUGCAUUUCUUGCAAUCAAAUUAUAUUGAUUAGUUUAACAUAGGUUAACUACUGAACGCAAAGGUGAAUAACAUUGUUCCUGAAUGAUUCCUGAACCUGUGUGUAGAGGGACCCAGACAACUUUGAUGUCAUACUUAGAAUACAUUCCUAUUUCACAGCACAAGAUCUUUUUUCCUGCUUAGCACACUGCAGCUGUGUGAGUACUCUGAACCUAUACAUCCCUUACUUCCUUAGGUGGAAAACAGAAAAUGUGAAUGUAAAUUUGAAAAGUUGAUCAGAAACUUGGCUCUCAACAGCAGUACAGAGAGUAGAGUGCUCAGGAUUUUGUGUGUGCACAUUGCUGUACAGACAGCAGCUCAUAGGAGAUGCAAUUUAUAUAUAUAUAUAUGUUUACAGAUUAAGUUUUUAAUUUAUGUAGUUUGUACAUUUAAUGCAUCUUUAAUUUCUAUGUUAAUUUGCUUUGCUUUAUCAUUGAGAUGGUCCGAAGCCAUACUGUUAAACAGUACUAUUCAUAAGAAAGCUAUUUGCUCAUGUUAGCAAAUGAAGUAUUUAUUACCGGCAUUUCUUCAAUGUUGUAACUGCAGAUUGUUAACUGUUGUAUAUAACAGUCUCAGUGCUUAGAUAAAGAAAUGCCCUUACAGCUGAUCCAAAGCUAGUGUAAGUCAUGAGGUGUCUUUCCCUAGUUUUUAGUGGACUUUUAAUCACAUAUGUAGCUGUUAAAAUAGCAAAAAAUAGCAAACCUGCAAUGGUUCCUCUAUAGUACUUGGCACUUCUAAAUAGUUGUUUUUACUAAGUUUUGUGUGGAAUUGUGUUUUCUAGCUUAAGUUUUGUCUUCCUUAGCUGAAAACCCUACAGAUACUAAAACUACAGAUAGUAUCAUUAAGUUGCUUAGGCAUAGGCUUUGGAGCAGAGCAGCACAGACUACCAACGUCAUGGAACGGUACAGUAGAGUUUUCUGUUGAAAUUUCUAAUAAGUGAACUAAGCAUCUUAAAAUAUGGCUGACUGAAUGUCAAAAAUACAAGCUAUAGGUAAGCUCAGAGCCAUAGGAAGGUGGAGGGUCAUGUUUUUAAGGAUAUUUAACCACCAAGCGAUGCUGAUAGGCGUGGGGACUUUGGAAAGCCUUCUGUCUGUGCUGCUAGGUCCUUAGAUCUGUUUAAAACCUGACACUGAGCAUUCAGUGUUGGUAUGCAUCCAUUUCUCAGUUGAGAUUGUAAUUUUCCCUGUACUUUACCAGUGCAAGCGUAGCUGUGUUGUAGUUUGGGAAGAUACCUUGUAGCCUAGUGUUUUGGGGCCAGUAAUACAAUUAGUACAAUUAGUAGUACAAUACAGUUUUGGUAGUGGACUCUAAGGAAAAUGCAUUCACAUGGUAGAUGUUCCCCUGGAAUAUUGGCUCUUUGGGCAUUAGCCACUGCAAAAAAAAGAAAAAAGAAAAAAGACACCAAGUAGUAAGAAUUUUUCAAGUCUGCUUUAUGUGUUAAGGUAUAUAGCACUGUUUAAAAUGCUUACAGAUGAUGACAUGAAACAGCCUUUGUUGUCUUAACAAAGAAUUCACUUCUCUGUGGGGUUUUGUGUGUUCUUCUGUUCCUUUUAAACUCCUUGGUUAGUCUUCCUGUCUUUCCUGUCUUCUUUGUUUCCCUCACAGCCUGGAAGUUCAGAGGGUGCUCUUUUACCACCAAUCAUACUGAGUAAUUACUUUCCCUGGAUGCCAGAGUGUGCUGCUUUCUGGUGGUACUGAUAAUUGAGUAAGAAAGCCCUAGCAAUACUGCUCUGUGGCAUGAGUGCUGACAUGAUUACAGAGGAAGCUGUGUUUACAGUGUACUGUAUUUGUUUUUCCCAAUUACAUAGGCUACAUAGAUAGUCAUUAAUCUGCAUAUUCAUUGUAUUUUUUUUAAGGCUUCAGGUACUAAUUGAGGGAUUGUGAUACAGAUAUAUGUCAGUGUCUUCAUAAAGAGCUCAGUUUAAACCUACAGAAGCACUUCACUGCUGGAGAAGCAAGUCAAAAGGAGCAUGAGACACUUGUAGACAUGAGGAUGAUGUUUGCAGAGCACUAGAUGCUGUAGAAAAGAUCACAAGGUCCCUAUUCAGAUACCCUGUUUAAGGACUCUUGCAUCUCUAUAGAGUUAUCCAGCCUUAUUUGUAUGAGGUAAAAUGGCCUUUUAAGCUUUCAGAUGAAGAUAGGCUGAUGAAGCACAGAGCAGACAAAGAAAGAAGACUUGUAAGAAAAUUCUUGGAAUAUUUUAAUAUUUGAUAAUGUUUUUUAAUAUACAUAUCUCCAUGCAUGUUUCUUUUUUAUCAGCAGAGUUGUUUUCAGUAUGAGGCCAAGGAAUGGAAAGAUGUAGUGAAUGAGGACAAAUAUCCGAAAGCCAAGUGGGCCGUUUAUUUUGCAUUAUGAUGCAUUAUAAUUUGUUGUUUAAAAACCAAGUAAACUGGCUUUGUGUGUUUCAAUAGAUGUAGUCUAUUGUUUCUGACAAUGAGUCUGAACGUUCAAGUGAAUAACAACAGAGACUACAGGAGGCAGAGACCAGAGCCAGAUCUUUUUAUGUCAGCAUAAUACAGUUCUACAGUUUUCAGAUGAGGAAAAUACAUGGAAGGUGCCAGCAAACCUUAUGGAUUUAUUUUGGAUAUUCUCUUGAUUCUAAAAAUGUUCUAAUUUAAGAGUGCAAUGAUGGACAGUGUGCUGAUGACUUCAGUAGUGAUGCAUUGCUGUUACCUCUUUGCUGAUCAUUUAAAGCAGUUGAGCUAUAGAGUUACACAGAACUGUAAGAAAGGUGUCUGGUUUCACAGAGUAUUGUAUUUGAAGUCACGACUUAUUUUCUUUUCAUAUAGCUAGGGAUUGAAAGGUGUGAGGUAUUGAGGCAGAGCUGUUCUUUAACCAGAGUACAUUCAGAACCAGAAAAGCCAGUAUCAAGAACCAAUCAGAUCAGAAGAAUUUAUUUCCCCUCCCAUGGUAUUGCUUUCCUCCUAAGUCAGAGAACAGUCUGGAUUGAGCAAGACAGUAAAAAAUAGGAAGGGAUUUGAGGGGAUGAAACGCAGGAGCACAUACUGUGCUUGUUAGUAGAUAGUGUAAGGCAGAGUAAAUUACUUUGUAUACUUUGCUGUCAUCAGUACAGCAACAGAAUUUAUGCAACUUUGUGAGAUUUGCCAGUGUUUCCAUUGUUGGGAAGAGGCACAUGCUGCCUUCAGUACUGGAACUCAGUGUUUCAGCAAGACUGUGUCACUUGAAAUCAGCUUCUGAAUGAGGUAACCAAGAAUAAAUGGCAGAUAGGUGUCAGUUUUUGCUAGGGAAAAAGCAUGUAUAUAGACACAUCAACAAUAUUUUUAUAUAGCUAGUAAUUUAAAAAACAAAAGAAAAACAAAAAACUAUUCAGGGGUUUAAGCAAUAUAUUUGUUUAUUUUAAGUCUGUCAUUUUAACUAUGUCCUGUAUGUGUGGAUGGGAGAGAUGGCUAAAGAUAAGACAAUCAUUAUGUUCAGCUUUUAUUUGUCAUCUAAAGCCUCCAGCAUUGAACUUUCUUUGUAGCUGUGCCACUUAUUUUGUUUGUGCAGUAAACAGAUGUUGAGCUAAGUGCACUGUUGAUGCAGCCCGAGGUGCUCCACCACACUGGUGAGAGGUGGAGCAGUACCUCAGCCAGACACUGUGGGAACAGCACAAGCCCUAAUCUCAAAUUUGAUUAUCUUGCUAUGUUUUUAGUGGAUCAGAAUGUAAAAACAGUGUAUUCCUCCAAUGAUCCAACAGUGUAUUCCUCCAAACAACUAGAACUGUUUUGAUAGCAUGAGCGAGUUAUUCGGCUUACAGGUCCACUGCGGGAAAAGUAGCAACAGUUCUAUUGAACCCAAUCAAGUUAGGCCUUUAUUUAGAAAAUGAAAGUCAGUCUGGCUAAACAGUGGUUUGAAAGACUGUGUUAAGUGCUUAAGGUAUUUGUGUUUCUAUUUUGAAUGCAAUUACAGAAUAAAUUAAGACAUGAAUGCUAACAGACACACGGCAUGGCUUUUUCAAUACUUGUGCAGGUAGUGUAGUAUUCAGCUACUUUGGGGGAGUGAUGUCUAAUGAUGUAUCUCAUUUUCCUCUGUCUCUAAUGUAUCAAUCUCCAUAUAUUUAAAAGCAAAAACAUAUAUCUUUACUUAGAGUCAUGAUUCAGCCUGGGAAGAUGCACAAAUCAGACUUGAAUUUCUGCUGUAUUAAAAUCUCUUGGAAAAUACACUGAUAGUAUUCUCUCACAGCUUAUAUUCUAAACAUUUUUUAGUGACUCCAUUUGCUGUGGAAGAACUUUUUUUUCUUGAUUUUGGUGGUUAAUAAAGCUAUUUCUUAAACCUGUUAAAAGGUAACUAACAUUAAUUCAACUUAAACACAGGUGCAUUUAACAUCUUGCAGAAGGCAUGUAGAUGGGCAAUAUAGAUUUAUGUGCUAGAACAUUUAUUUUGACAUGUGUUCAACUAGAGCUUAAACAAAUGAAGAAAUGCCUGUACCUUUUGGCUUGCCUGUGCUGCAUUGAGUGAAGACUCAUUGUCUAGGACUGCAUCUACAAAAGUUCAUCUGAAAGUAAUGCCUCUUACUUAUUAAAGUGGAAACUAUGACCAAUACAGAGAGCACAAUAGCAUUAGUAGAGCAAAUUUCCAUCUACAGUCUUUUUCAACACAGUCACUAUUAGCUAUGCAUUUUUGCCAGACAUGAACAAUAAGAGUCUGCAUGCAGCAUACAUAAUAGUCUGCACCAGGGGAGGUGACCCACUGUCAUUUCUGCUGCAUGCAACAGAACUUAAUUUAAUGUGGUUUUGUUUUAUUAAAACAUUAAAAAAGAGGGCAACAAAAACAUAAGAACAGUUGAAUAUGUGACCUUGCUUUUGUAGAACUGAUAGAUCAUUGUAGUUCAGUGGCAGAGGCUGCAAUCCUUAGUGAGCUCUCAAGUUGCUCAUCAGAGAUUUUUGAUGAAAUUUUACUCUUCCUAUACUUCGUCUUUGAUUGUAGUUGCUUACAAAUGUGCGAACUGCCGAAAGUGAUGACAUGAAUCAGGUGUGAUGGUGGAGUGAGGGGUAUUUCUCUGUGGUAAGAAAGGUCUUACGGAAGUCUGAUAAAGAGACUUGAUCACAUUUUGGAUUGCACCUCCAUACACUCCAUUAAAAAAUUUGCAGGUGACGUGUUUAUGUUAACUGAAAAUAGGGUUGCAAAUAAAAAAAAACGAUGAUUUUUUUGGCUAUUUUGAAACUUAGUUUCAAAUUCCUUUACCAAAAGAGAAAGCACAGCUGCAUAUUUUCACUGCUCACAGGACUGUGUUUAGCCCAGAUAGCACAAUGCAUACAAAUAUUUGCCGCAGAUUGAGAUGGCACUGCACUGUGCCCUCCUUGUGUGCCAGUUUCAGCCCAGAUGGAGCUAAUCGUGCACCAGUGUUCAGUUGGUGCUCAGUGUUGGUUGUGCCUGGGACUGGGCCAGGCCAUGCAGUGCGAAGAGCCACCACCGUGAUGGAGCAAAGCAAGGAUGGCUGCAUUAUGAGCUUCAGAUACCCUGGCCUUUCAGAAGAUCCAUCUGUCGGGUUGCUGUAAGUGGAAGAGCAACAGGUACCAAUUGUCACAAAAAUGGAGCUCAGACAGCAGUACUGCACCAACAGGGAUUGCUUGCUCCCCGUUCAUAAUUUGAUUCAUCAGCUAGAAAGUCAGAGUGAUCAGUGAAACUCACUCACCUUUUAACAGCCCCAUACGGCCAGUGUGUAAAGCCAAUGGAAAACAGAGGCUGAUAGUAGAUUACCGUGGCCUGAAUGAAGUCACACCUCCAUUGAGUGCUGCUGUGCCAGACAUAUUAGAACUCCAAUAUGAACUGCAGUCAAAAGCAGCCAAGUGGUAUGCCACCAUUGACAUUACUCAUGUCUUUCCAUUCCUUUGGCCACAGAAUGUAGGCUACAGUUUACUUUCACCUGGAGGAACCAGUUGCCCCACAGGUGGAAACACAACCCAACCAUUUGUCACAGGUUGAUCCAAACUGCACUGGAACAGGGCGGUGCUCUUGAGCAUCUGCAGCAUGUUGAUGAUACUGCUGUGGGGAGUGACAGAGCAGAAGUUUUCAAGAAAAGAGAAUGAAUAAUCCAAAUUCUUCUGCGUGCUGGUUUUGCUAAUAAGUGAAGCAAAGUGAAAGGACCAGCCCACAAAAUUCAGUUCCUAGGUAUAAAGUGGCAAGAUGGAUGUGGUCACAUUCCAACAAAUGUGAUCAACAAAAUCACUGCCAUGUCUCCACCCACUAAGAAGAGAAUCUUUUCUGGGUGAAGUGGGCUUUUAGAGAAUGCGUGUUUCAAACUCAUUGCCUCAUUGUAGCCUCACUGUAAGCCCCCUCUAUCAAAUGACACAGAAGAAGUAUUAUUUUGAACAGGGUCCUGAGCAGCAGCAGGUUUUUUAACAGAUUAAACAGGAGAUAGCCUGUGCCAUGGCCCUGAGGUCAGUAUGGACAGGACAGGAUGUAAAGAAUAUCCUCUACACUGCUGCUGGAGAGAAAGGUCCCACUUGGAGUUUGUGGCAAAGAGCCUCAGGAGAGACCCGAGGCCGACCCCUGGGAUUCUGGAGGAGAGCAUACAGGGGGUCUGAAGAGUGCUACACUCCAACUGAAAAGGAGAUCUUAGCCACAUAUGAGAGUGUUUGGGCUGCUUCUGAAGUGAUUGGUACCGAAACACAGCUCCUUCUGGCACCUCAGCUGCUGGUGCUAAACUGGAUGUUCAAAGGAGAGGUUCCCUACACCCAUCAUGCUGCUGAUGUCACUUACAAUAAGUGGAUUGCGUUUAUUACACAACGAGCUUGGACAGGGAAUCUCAGACGUCCAGAAAUCCUAGAGAUGUUCAAGGACUGGCCUGAAAGUAAAAAGUUUAGAACAUCACAAGCAGAAGAAAUACUGUGAGCUAAAGAAGCCCCACCAUACAGUGAACUACCAGAAAAUGAAAUUUGCCCUGUUCACAGAUAGAUCAUGUAGUACUGAGGGGAAACAUCAGAGAUGUAAAGCUGAUAUGUGGAGCCCCACAGGAGCAGUUGCAGAGGCCACAGAAGGAAAAGGACAAUUGAGUCAGUUUGCAGAAGUAAAGGCUGUCCAACUGGCCCUAGAUGUUGCUGAAUGGGAAAGGUACCCAAUGCUUUAACUUUACACUGACUCAUGGAUGGUGGCAAAUGCCUUAUGGGAGUGGUUACAGCAAUUAGAACAAAACAACUGGCAGUGGAAGGGUAAACCUAUUUGGGCUGCUGACCUGAGGAAACACACUGCUGCUCGAAUAAAGGAUAUGAUAAAGGAUAAAGGUAAAGGUGUGUCAUGUAGAUGCUCAUGUGCCCAAGAGUUGGGCUACUAAAAAACAACAAAAUAGCCACCAGAUAGAUCAAGCUGCCAAAAUUAAGGUGACUCAAAUAGACUUGGACUGGCAACACAAGAGUGAAUUAUUUCUAGCUUGGUGGGCCCGUGAGACCUCAGACCAUCAAGGAGGAGAUGCAACAUAUAAGUGGGCUAGAGACCGAGGGGUGGACUUAACUACGGAUGCUAUUCCACAGGUUAUUCAUGACUGUGACACGUGCCAUAAUUAAACAAACCAAAAGGAUGAAACCUUUUAGGGGGAAAGGGCGAUAGCAGAAGUAUAAAUAUGGGGAGGUGUGGCAGGUUGAUUAUAUCACCUUGCCACAAUCUUGCGUGGUGUGCUUACCAUGGUGGAGGCAACAGUGGGUGGCUUGAAACAUAUGCAGUACCCCGUGCUACUGCCCAAAACAACAUAUAAGGUUUUGAGAAACAAGUCCUGUGGCGACAUGAUACUCCAGAAAGAAUUGAAUCAGAUAAUGGGACUCAUUUCAAAAAGUGUUUUGUAAAUACUUGGGCCAAGGAUCAUGGCAUUGAGUGGAUUUAUCAUAUCCCUUAUCAUCUUCUGGUAGAAUUGAACGAUACAGUGGGUUGUUAAAAAACAUUUUUAAAGCAAUGGGUGGUGGAACAUUUAAGCACUGGGAGAAGUAUUUGGUAGAAGCCAUCUUGUUGGUCAAGACUUGAGGAUCUAUCAAUUGCCAUGGUUCUGCCAUCUCCCUACAUACUGUCAAGGGAGAUGAGGUCCCAGUAGUACAUGUAAAGAACAUGGUGGGAAAAGCAGAUUGGGUCUUUCCAGCUUCUGAAAAGCGCAAACCUCUCCAUGGAACAGUUUUUGCUCAGGGACCUGGGUUUACUUGGUGAGCAAUGCAGAAAAGUGAGGAUGUUCAAUGUGUACUACAAGGGAAUUUGAUGUUGGGGGAGUGCAGUUAGUAAUUCCACGUAUAUAUAUUUGUGUGUGUGUGUGUUUAGUGCUUGUCAAUUAUUGUUUAUUUAUGUAUACUAAGCAUGAUGUAGUGAUGUAGAAUACAGGGUGGAAUGUCAUGGUUUUAUGACUUUUGUAAUUGAUAUUCCACAUCAUAACAUCAUGUAGUGCACUGGGAGUUAAAGUGUUAAUACUCCAGUUCCAGGCACCUGAUCCAGAUGAAAAGAACUAUAUGCACCAGAGGACUUUGUUGAUAGAGGAGAUAAAACACCUGGCAAAGUCAAAAGACCUGGCUCUCUCCCCUUCUUCUCACCCUGACUGCACAUUUUGCCUCAGCAUUAGGGUAAGAC